AUGGAGAGUGGAAAAAGUUCCACUGAUAGUGGAAAACUUAGAGAACAUCAACGAACUCACAUGGGCAAAAAACAAUUUCAAUACAGGGAGUGUGGGACUCACACAGGGGAGAAACCAUUUAAAUGCCUGGAGUGCGGAAAGAGCUUUAGUGAGAAUGGAACACUUAGAAGACAUCAACAAACUCACACUGGGGAGAAACCAUUUAAAUGUAUGGAGUGCGGAAAGAGCUUCAGUCAGAAUAGUAAUCUUAAAUUGCACCAGAGGAUUCACACAGGGGAGAAACCAUAUAAAUGUAUGGAGUGUGGAAAGAGCUUCAGUCAGAGUGGACACCUCAAUAUACAUCAACAGACUCACAUGGGGGAGAAACCAUUUAAAUGCCUGGAGUGCGGAAAGAGCUUUAGUGAUAAAGGAACACUUAGAAGACAUCAACAGACUCACACAGGGGAGAAACCAUAUAAAUGUUUGGAGUGUGGAAAGAGCUUUAUUGAUAAUGGAAAACUUAGAAAACAUCAACGGACUCACACAGGAGAGAAACCAUUUAAAUGUUUGGAGUGCGGAAAGAGCUUCCUUUUCAAUGUAAACCUUAGAACACAUCGACGGACUCACACAGGAGAGAAACCAUUUAAAUGCCUGGAGUGCGGAAAGAGCUUUAGUGAGAAUGGAACACUUAGAAGACAUCAACAGACUCACACAGGGGAGAAACCAUAUAAAUGUUUGGAGUGUGGAAAGAGCUUCAGUUUCAAUGGAAACCUUAGAACACAUCAACAGACUCACAUGGGGGACAAACCAUUUAAAUGUAUGGAGUGCGGAAAGAGCUUUAGUGAUAAUGGAAAACUUAGAAAACAUCAACAGACUCACACAGGAGAGAAACCAUUUAAAUGUAUGGAGUGUGGAAAGAGCUUCAGUUACAAGGCAAGCCUUAGAUUACACCAACGGACUCACACAGGGGAGAAACCAUUUAAAUGUAUGGAGUGUGGAAAGAGCUUCAGUCAGAGUGGACAGCUCAAUAUGCAUCAACCGAUUCAUACAGGGGAGAAACCAUUUAAAUGUUUGGAGUGCGGAAAGAGCUUUAAUGACAGUGGAACACUUAGAAGACAUCAACGGACUCACACAGGGGAGAAACCAUUUAAAUGCCUGGAGUGUGGAAAGAGCUUUAGUGAGAAUGGAACACUUAGAAGACAUCAACAGACUCACACAGGGGAGAAAACAUUUAAAUGUAUGGAGUGUGGAAAGAGCUUCAGUUACAAGGCAAGCCUUAGAUUACAUCAACGGACUCACACAGGGGAGAAACCAUUUAAAUGUAUGGAGUGUGGAAAGAGCUUCAGUCACAGUGGACAGCUCAAUAUACAUCAACCGAUUCAUACAGGGGAGAAACCAUUUAAAUGCCUGGAGUGUGGAAAGAGCUUUAGUGAGAAUGGAACACUUAGAAGACAUCAACAGACUCACACAGGAGAGAAAACAUUUAAAUGUAUGGAGUGUGGAAAGAGCUUCAGUUACAAGGCAAGCCUUAGAUUACAUCAACGGACUCACACAGGAGAGAAACCAUUUAAAUGUUUGGAGUGCGGAAAGAGCUUCCUUUUCAAUGGAAACCUUAGAACACAUCGACGGACUCACACAGGGGAGAAACCAUAUAAAUGCAUGGACUGCGGAAAGAGCUUCAAGCAGAGUGGGCACCUUAGAAAACAUCAGCAGACACACAGCGGAGAAACCAUUUAAAUGUAUGGACUGUGGAAGCAGCUUCAGUCAGAGUGGAACCCUUGAUUUAUGUCAACAAACUCACACAAAACACAAACCUUAUAUAUAUGAGGAAAGUAGAUAGAGGUUCAGUCCUAGUGGAAGUUCUAAAUCAACAGACUCACGGACAGGAAGAACUUUAGUACUUGAAACCUGUCAGAUGCUUAAUGCUGUCCAGCUGGCAUAGAUAAGACUCCGGGCUCCCAGCCAGUUCCAAACUAUUUGAUUUAUUUGACAAAGUUCAAAAGUACAUCUCCAGCGUUUCAAUUUGCGUCCUUCCCCUUUGUUGCACAGUUGCCGCGUCUACUCUUUCUUUUUCCUUUUCCGUACCCAGCAUGCAAGUCUGUGGAAACCCCUCCCCUGACUUCCUCUGUGUACAGAAUGACUUGUUCCAGGCUCAUCCUCCUCCCUCUCUACGUCAGACCCACUGUCGGACGACAGGCUGCUAAUGAUCUCUUUAGGCUCUCUAUAAUUGCUGGUUUCUGUUCUUUCAUCUUUUCCCGUUUGCCUCUCCCUGACAAAACCCUUCAAACCAUCUACAACCUCAAAGAGGAGAAGCAGUUUAAAUGAAAAGAUUGCAAAAAGUGCUUUAUUUAUAAAGGAGUGUUUAUCUGGACUGCUGGUGGUCAGUGAGGAUUAGGGCCGGGCGAUAUAUUGUUCCAAACUGGUUUCUAGACCACAUCGUGAUAGCCUUCCAAAAGCAAUGGAUAUGGCAACACGCCACAGAUCACACUGUGUGUUUCUGGGAUGCUGAUUUGCCUGGAAGCAGCCGGCAGAAAGCUUUUCUUUGUGAAGCCCCUGCAGAUGCUGAGUUGCUGGCUUCCCUCCCAGACGACAGGAAGCGAAAGACACACCUCCAUUGCCCUGCGUCCUUCCAGCCUCUUUCCUCCCUUGCUCCCUUCUGCCGGUGUGUCUGCCUGACUUAGAUAUCCUGUGUACUGUAUUUUUUUACUGCUGAAACUGGAUUUGCUCUCAGGAGCUAAGUUUUGUGCCUCACUGGGGACCCAGUGAGAACUGUAUGCUUUGAAAGCUAAGUAAACUAUUACUGAAGAAGUC